ACCUCUAGGAGUGAGAGCUACCCGGAAGCUCGCGACCGACGUCGCGUGCACAACAUUAUCAUCACUCUGUAUCCAUCGACAAUUCAUCGUUCAAAACUAUGACAUCGUGAUCUCUCGGACAAGGGAUAUCCGAAGAUAAAGAGAAAAAAGCGAGAGUCGUUCACAAAAGCCUCAUCAUUGCGCAUCACGUGUAGCAUACUAAACUUACGGAUAACAAUUAUCCAAGAGCGACGCGCGAGCACAAAUUCUUCGGCGUGUCAGUUAAUCUACCAUUAAUACAAAUAGUUGAUCAACGCUGGUACCAGUCUUGCUUCGUUUGGUACCGCGCGAAGUGUGAUUGAAUCCAGAGAAGUCGUGAAGUUCCCGCAAGAUACAGAGGUUGGUGGACGGGGUUAGUCGGCUUAAAGUUCAUCAGCGGUGUUUCUGUACGGAAUUCUCCAUUCGAUAACGAGACGUGACGUGAACGAAUCCCACUGGAUGCCCUAAGGGCUCGGGAAAUCGUCCCCGGAUCAGCCGGUCACCAGUUCUGAUGCCGACACGUGCUAAGCGCGAUCGUUGAGGGUGCGACGGUGCGCAGCUGAAGAGCAGAGCCACGAGGGCCCGCCGGAAGAGCUGAAGAAGAGGGAUCUCGGGUCAGGCGACUGCCGGGAGUUGUUGCCCAGUCCCGGCGAGGGGGCGGACAUCGGGCCCGGAUGCUCGCGAAGACAAGACGCCGGAAGCGCUGCCACGUUGGAAGGGAAAAUAUUGACGGCCGUCAACAAGUUCCUUACAACGUCCCCUUUGGUUAACAAGGUCAAGUUGCUGAUGACAAGACAGAGCAGCGGCGCGGUAGGAAACGGCGCGGAGGGACAUGAGAGCACCAGCCCUUUGGACUGCACCCCGCGGGCGUCGAUGACGAUGGCCGUGACAACGUCUGCACUACCGAUGCAGCCGAUCUACGUUUCCGCGGAAUCGUGCUCCGCCGCCGACGUCCCAACGAAUCUGCAACGCCGGCGACUAUGGCAACUGCAGCAGGAACCGCAAGAAUUAUCCCUGACGCGGUCGACGGACAUGGCCGCGUCCUCGUCGUCCAUCCUCGACGAGCCUGUUAGAACCCCGCUCUCUACGAAUGUUCUCUUGUCCCUGCCGGCUUCACCGAAACGAUCGUCGGCGAGCCAUUCUUCAUCUAGCAAGACGCCUAUAUCGAAAUCGCAGAUGAAAGAAUUUAGGGAGGCCUUCAGGCUGUUUGACAAGGAUGGCGAUGGAACUAUCACGAAAGAAGAGCUCGGCAGGGUUAUGCGUUCCUUGGGACAAUUUGCGAGAGCGGAGGAGUUGAGAACGAUGUUGCAGGAAAUCGACAUUGACGGUGAUGGAAACGUCAGCUUCGAGGAAUUCGUCGAGAUCGUCAGCAAUAUCGGCAGCGCGAGCACGGCGGCUCCCACAGAUCAACAUCAGGAAGAGCAAGAAUUGCGAGACGCCUUUCGGGUAUUCGACAAACAUAAUCGUGGGUAUAUCACUGCGUCGGAUCUUAGGGCGGUGCUGCAGUGUCUGGGAGAGGAUCUUUCCGAGGAAGAGAUCGAAGAUAUGAUUAAGGAAGUGGAUGUGGAUGGAGACGGUCGAAUUGAUUUCUACGAAUUCGUUCAUGCUCUCGGCGAGCCGGGAAUCGACGAAGAUGAAGAGGAUGAUGACGAGGAUCUGCAAUCUCCGCUCUUCUAAAAUCACGUUUAUUCUCACCUCUCUGUUAGAUA